CCUAUUUUAUUCUAGUCAUCCUUUAGUCUUGGUGAAAUGUUUGUUUUGGUCUAUUUGUGGGUAUAAAUGGGUGUCUCUAAGUUAGUUGGAAAAUGGUUUCUUUUUGUUGCUAUUCUUGUCUCUUGUGGCCUACAUUUUUUUUCACUAAUACAUCCUGUCAAACUGUUACUAAAGGACAAAUGUGAUGCAAGCACCGCUCUGUAUUUAUCUUGCUUGUAACAGUAUGGUCAGGGAAAAGGAGGAAAAAAUCUGUCUGCCAAGGACAGAACAUCAAGGCUUCUUCUGCACGAGCUAAAUAAACAGCUUUUUUUUUUUUAUUUCCUCAAGCGUGAGUCUCAUCCCUCCAACUGUGCAAACAGACAGUCUGUCCUGCGCGGGAUGUGUGGUGUAGGGCACCAUCUUUGGCCAUGCCAGCCUGUUACCAUGGCACAGCUCAAAGCUCUAACCUUAUGGGAGAGUUCAGUUGUAUUUUCAGUUUGAGCUGGCACAAAAGCGCUCUUUCAUGGCUGAAAGUGCCUCCUUUCAGGAACACUGAGUAAUUGCUGGUCGGAUUCAUAAUUGGUCAGUGUAUUCCAUCGCCGAGGGUCACGGCUGGAAAUGACAUCACAGGCGGUUGGUUUAAGGGUGGCAUAAAUAUUCAAAUGCACACUUGAGCCACUGGGUUGUUUGUCUUUGUGAGCCCUGCAUUGUUGGCUUCCCACUUCAACCUGACAUGGAACAAAGCAGCACUUUGAAGAAUGAGACCCUUUCUAUUUAGUACUAUUCAAUCCAGAUUUCCAAGCUAUGAACGGAAAGAUCUAAUAAUAAAAGGGUGGAACUUCUGAUGAGUUCAAUCUUGCGUUUGCCCCGUAUGACUAACGGUCUAAUAAAAGCAACUUUAAAUCAAAGAAUUUCCUCAUAAGUUACAGUAACGCGCAAAAUUAAAGGAGCACUAUCUUAUCAAAAUCAGACGACUUUUUCCUUCAAAUGUGUGCGAGUGUGACGUGCGAUUGUGCAAUCUCAGUAGUGGUGUUGUCUCCUCCGAGCCUUACAGGAAUGCCGAACAAUUUGCCCCUGUUGUGAGAGCUGGUACUGUCGGGUCUCAUGGUCAAAAGAGAAAAAGGAGGUUGAGGAGCGCUGUCCACCCCCCGCCUCCCACACUGAACCCAAAAGCUUGAGCAAGAGCCUGGAACUACAAAGACACACAGACUGUAGUGCAGCUGCUGGAACAGAUUGAAGUAAUUUACAGGGCUGUUGUGACUGAGGCUUGUUCUAACUUCAGAUGUAUAGAUUGUGACAGAAGGAAAAGGACAUAAUAACCAUAAUAUACAAAUAUUUUCUUUUGAUUUUUGUGGAAGAAGCUUCCUUUUUUUGGGCUGUAACUCAUAAAACUCCUUAUUUUUCCACACUGUGGAUAUUUAAAUCAGUUGAGCGCGCUAUCACCAGGACUAAGAGUGUGAUGGAUUUGAUCGCUGCUCUGUCAAGUUGGAACUCCAGAUUAAGAUUUGCAAGACCUGGUUUUGAUUUGUAAGAGAGCGCAUCUUCAGACGCAACAUGGAUGAAAAUCAGAACAACUUCUGGGGCCAGCCCAACUUCAACAGGAUGUGCCUGAGUGCUGACAUGGAACAAAACCUGAGUGGGCUUCAACAACAGCAAACGCUCAAGGCCUUCAAAUCCAAUUUCUCCGAGGCCCAGUCUCCACUCUACUCCGACUUUUACCGAUUAACAUCGGAGGAGGCGCUGCAGCUCAACGAGGGCGACCAGGUAGUCCCUGUGUCCCGUAAACAGACGGGACCUGGGGGUCGCCAGAAGGAGACGAAACCCCUCCCGCCUCUGCCAGAUCCAGAGGAUCUCCUGACAGAUGAGGCGUCUGAAAGUGAGGUGGAGUUCUUCAGCAGUGAUCGCAGGAAACUUUUACCCAAAAGCUGCUCAAAGGGCAUUUGCAGGGACAGAAGGAAAGACUUGGGUCAAGUCAAUUUUGCCUAUCAGGAGAGCUCACUAAUGGACCGGGCUGCCAGAACCAGCUCUGUGGCCUUUUCGUGGCCGAGCAGAGAGGACGCAUCGGAAAGCAGAAGAGAAGCCAGGAACUGGUGCUUUUCUCUCCACAAAGACAACGAGCAGCGUGAGGUCUCUGCCUUCGAAAGCAAACAGGAACAGCAGUCCUCCAGGUUUCAGUUUUCCUGGUUGGAUGUUCCAACACAAGCAGAGAAGCCCCAAAUCCCUCCUCGAAUCCCCAUCCCGCCGAAACCCUCAAAGAGUGCCAAAGAGGACAAGGCCCCCAAAGUUCCUCCACGGGUGCCGUUAGUCCCACCCUGCCCGCCGCGAACCCCGAGCCCCAAAAGACUGCCGAUUUACAUCAACGGAGUGAUGCCCGUCACGCAAAGUUUUGCUGCUAACCCGCACUACGUGAGCAAGGCUCUACAGAGACAGCAGAGCGAGAGGCCCCCGUCUGCGGCGGAGUUCUCUCCCUGCAUCGUUCCAAUUUUGAGGGAUGGCAAAAAGGCCAGCGCCACGCACUACAUCCUGCUGCCGUCGGGCUGCUCGGCACACUCGCACAGACGAGACAGACUCCUGAGCGAGCCCAACGGCACAGGAAGUCCCUGCAGCUGGCAGAAAAGGUAGAGACCUGCAGGAGGAAAGUGACGUGGACAGAACACGGAGUCCUAAUGUUCAACGUGAAAGCAUGUAUUCAGUUUUGGGUUUUUUUUAUGAGCUUUGCUUUAUAUCUCAAGGUUUUUGACUGAAAAUUCUAGUCAGUAUUCAAGACGUCCAAACGACACCAAUGCAACACAGUAUUAUAGUAUUUUCAAUAACAGUGGAGAAACUUUUUGUCUUUUAAUUUGGGUUUUUUGAUUAAACAUGUAUGAUUUAAGGUACAAGCUGGGAUUGUGCCCAUCCGUCCAUUCAAAUUGUAAUAUUUUUGUUUUUAUUUACGUUAAAUUGAAAGUAUUGAAUUCUCACAUUUAAUUUUAAUAGAAAAUAUGAUUAAAUCACAACAUGAACAUGAAAACUGUAAGAAAAAAGCAGGUUCUUCUGGUUUGUGCUUGUUAAAGGGUGGAUUAUUUUUACCUCAGUGUUUAUAUUUGUGAAAAAGUAUUUAUUUAAACUUGUAUUUGUGUAAGAAGAACUGAUCGAUUGAUUUCAUUUGGUGUAUUUAUUUAAGAAACGACUUCCAGGGAGCUAAUGAUCUCCUCCAGACCUGAUUAAGACCAAGAAAUUUGAGCUAAUACUCAAGUAUUUUGAUCAACAUGAGGAACACGUCACUGGUUUUACAAAAGCAGUGUUUAAAAGCCUGUUGUUUUCAUUUACAUCUCUGUAAAAAAUGUUAAUUUUGCAAAUUUAAGUUAAAAGCUGUCAAAGUAGUACAGUUAUGGUGUGUUUUUUUGACUGAAAUAGAAAAACAUGUUAUGUUUACACUGCUGAAGUCCAGGCUUAUGUUUACAACCUUUUGUUACACCGUCUUUGAAAUAUACAUGAAGACUGUGCGUUGCAUUAAGCCCAAACGAAGACUUCAAAACAUCAUUUUGUCUGAAGCGGCUACUGUAGAAAUGUUUUUAAUCUAUUUAUAGAAAUAAAUAACUUAUUCCUUCUA